AUGGUUCAUGUCGACACAAGCACGGAGGCGUACAGACACAUGGCAAAAGAAUUAACCUUCCUCUCAACAGAGGAGUUCAGUCGCCGUUUACAUCGUUUCAGUCGAACCAAUUUUGACCCAAGUCAGACCGCGGCAGUCCACGCACACGUUUCUGAGCUUCUUAGCCGACGGUUAGCGGAGGUGAGCUACAAGUGUGUGCGUGAGUAUGGGCAGUUGGCACACGUGGCGGGUCUGCACGAACUCUGUCUUGCAAUUUACUAUGGUCGUGCGAACCUCGUGUGCUCUUCCUCUAUGGCUGAGGCUAAUAGCGUGGCGGGUAGCUUCGCCGUCUCCGAUUCCGUUGUGGACAGUGCCUACAGCCUCGGAAGUACAAGUGAUUUGGUCCGUUUGGGAGCCCACUGCAUGAAGCACCUCCAGCACGAACCCUCGCUUGGCUGGGAGGUGAUGAGUUCAUUUUCGUUGGCCCGCACCUUCUGGCGCUGUGUUUGCAUUGUCGCACAUCUUGAAAAAGCGCGCUCUGUUGAUGCUAAACAAGCCCUUCAAGAUGCCGCGUACAUAUUUAAGGAGUACAUUGCAGUUCUAUACCCCGAGGCCUCCCGGGAGCUCAGUGUGCAAGAUGCCAUAUACACAGUUAGGCGGUUUGUGCAGUAUGCAUCAUGCGGAGACGAGGGGGAAAUGCUUUUCUUUCGCUUCUGCCUUCGACGCGGCUUCCUUCGUAGAGGAUGUGGCACCACGAACUUGACGGAAGAAGGCGGCUCCAAUUUGAGUAUCACCACCAGUGACACUGGUAGUGGUGAGGUCUCCUACGGCGGAAGUGCAAAUGGCGCUACUCGCGUUGAUCAUGGGGUAAUAUCCGAAGAACAAUGGUUCUACGCUACCCUUAUUGCAACCUGCAGGGCGGGGCAGCACGUCCACGAGGCGUUACAUUACUUUGAUGAAGUUGGGUCCCGCCUUGGUGUGGAGAGUGUGGGCUGUGAUGUUCUUUUGGGGCAUCGCUCGCGUGCGAUGCGAUCCGGAACAGCCGCAGAUGGGCAAGAUUUCCGUGCAGUUGGUGAAUGUGAGAAAAUAAUGGAGGGCGUUUCCGACUACCUCUUCUUUCAACUUCUCACUGUAUUGCAUGCGGCAAAGGAUAACAGAAAGAUUGUUUUCACCGCACGAGCAAUGCUACGCUGUGGGGAGAAGCUAAGCAUUAGCGUAUGGAGCAUUGUACUUAUUGCAGCAGGAGAGAUGAGGGCGGCAGAUGUGGCUCUCGGCGCUUUUGUGCAGGCUAAGGACGCGCUGUCCGACGCCACCCGCGUGGAGGACCGCCGUGGCAAUGAAUAUUUGCUGCAAACUUCUCUUCUUGCCUUGUCGAAAUGUCAGGUUCCUCGCUUUGAAGAGGAAUACCUUCGACCAUGUCGUGAGUUACUCCUGACCCAUUCUAAUGAGGAGGUUUAUUUCUGUGCUCUCCUUCAACAUGCUCACAAUUCUACAGAUCCCGGUGGUGGUGCAGGCGAGGUUUCUCGGGCUGUCAGUGAAAAAGGGAUUCCAUUCAGUUCCCGCAUCGUGUCCCGGCUGAUGAAGGUAUACUUGCGCACUGAGUCCCCCAAGCUACUGGAACUGUAUCGGUAUGCAACACGCUCUUGCAACACAUUCAAAGCAUCAUGGCUUGAUGAGCUGCUCUUAUGGGCGGAUCGGCGUCGCUACGACCUUACCCCCGAGGAGCGGAAGUACAUACUGGAUGAAGUCUAUCGUGUCUAUGGCGACAACGCAAUGGAAAGCGAACUUAGUGGCCUCCGCACCCAACUCGCGCUUUUACGCUACGACUACGAACAUAAGCCCCGAGAGACUUUUCUCGCAACACUCCAGCCACCCCCUACCGAGCCAACCGUCUUGGACUCACGGGCUCAUUUCUUAGUUAAAAAACCGUACUGCGUCCAUCAAAGAAGGCCAAAAAAUGGCAAAGACCUUAACGAGGAGCGCAGUGGUGACCGUAUUGUAGUUGCGAACGGGGACCAAUCGUACGGCGGGCAUUCGAUUAUUCAGGGACAAAAUUUCAGCGGAAGUGAUGGAAAUAUGCGUCCCGAGGAGUUUCGCGUUUACAUGGAGAAGAUCCUCGAAGUGCUGCAGCGCACCAACAACUGGGUUAGUUAG